AUGGCUGUUACCUUCUCAGAUCUGCACGCAGAUUCCGGCCUCAAGGCCCUUAAUGACUUCCUCUCCGGAAAAGCAUACGUAUCCGGGGAUCAAUUGACGAAAGAUGAUAUUAAGGUGUAUGCUGCUGUUAUGGAGAAGCCAAGUGGUGAUCUAUACCCUAAUGCCAGUCAGUGGUAUGAAGGUGUUUCAUCGAAGCUUGCAGCCAGCUUUCCUGGGAAGGCUGUUGGAGUGAGAAUUGAAGGCCAAUCUGCUCCUGCUGAAGCUGCACCAGUUAAGGAAGCCAAGGAGUCUGCAGGUGAUGACGAUGAUGACCUUGAUCUCUUCGGUGAUGAGACAGAAGAGGAAAAAAAGGCAUCAGAACAGAGGGAAGCUGCCAAGGCAUCUUCCAAAAAGAAAGAGAGUGGGAAAUCAUCUGUUCUUUUGGAUGUAAAGCCUUGGGAUGAUGAGACAGACAUGAAGAAGCUGGAAGAGGCUGUUCGUAGUGUUGAGUCCCCUGGCCUAUUUUGGGGAGCAUCAAAAUUGGUUGCGGUUGGAUAUGGAAUUAAGAAACUGCAGAUCAUGAUGACCAUAGUUGACGAUCUCGUCUCUGUUGAUGAUCUCAUUGAGGAGCGUCUCACAACCGAGCCUAUCAAUGAAUAUAAUUUUGAAAGAAAGCCUAAUUCUGACCGCAUCGCCGUGGCCGGAAAGAGGAAAACCCGCUCGUCGGAAGCUUCUCAACAAUCAGAGCCUGUCCAAACCACCGAAACCGAGCCGGAGUCGGAAACCGAACAAUCCGACCCAGUGGAAGAACCAGAAGUAGAAGAGGAGACAGAUAACGUAAUUGAUGAGCCCAACAUCGGCACUGUCUCUGCAGACUUAGAAAAUAAGCCAUCUGACAACGCCGUUUUACAAGCUAAUGGGGCCGAUAAGAACGAGGAAGAGGAAUUGGAGGAAGAUACACUGGAGAAGCUUCUUGAACCAUUUUCUAAAGACCAGCUAAUCCUUUUGAUCAAGGAGGCAGUAGCUGAACACUCUGAUAUACUUGAAAAUGUGCAGAAAUUGGCUGAUGCGGACCCAAUGCAUCGGAAAAUUUUCGUGCACGGACUCGGAUGGGACGCAAAUGACGAGAUUAUUAAGUCUGUUUUUGGGAAGUAUGGUGAGAUUGAGGACUGUAAGGUGGCUCCUUGGAGUGUAGCAACUGUUUCAGGUCCGCCCGUGUCAGAGUACACGCAGAGGAAGAUAUAUGUGAGCAAUGUAUCAGCAGAGCUUGAUAUAAAGAAGCUUGUGGAGUUCUUUUCAAAGUUUGGGGAGAUUGAGGAAGGGCCAUUGGGGUUAGAUAAACAGACAGGGAAACCAAGAGGAUUCUGUUUGUUUGUUUACAAGAAUCUUGAAAGUGCGAGGAAAGCAUUGGAGGAGCCACAUAAGAAUUUCGAAGGGCACAUAUUGCAUUGCCAGAAGGCGAUCGAUGGGCCUAAACCAACCAAAGGAUACUACAAUCAGCAGCAUCAGCAGAAACACCAGGGGCAGCAAGGAUAUUACCAUCCUAGCUCGAAAGAGGGGAAGUAUGCCGGGAGCAGUGGAGUGGGGCACACAGGGGGGCACUUGAUGGCUCCAAGUGCAGGUCCAGCCAUGCAUUCCAUGGGGUUGAACCCUUCAGUUUCACCUGCGGCUCUUGGACAGGCUGUGGCUGCUUUAUUGGCCUCACAAGGUGCAGGGUUAGGUUUCGAGCUCAAGGUGGUGUUAGCGGGUAUGGAAGUCUGCCUGGGAUGCAAGGAGGAUAUGUUCCUGGUGGGACUGGACCGCAGCAAGGUGGUGCAUCUUACAUGGGUCAUGGGCACUAGAUUCUUCAUAAAAUCAUCAAACUUUUAG